GUCUCGCUUUGAGGAUCAACUGUUAUGGAGUCAGCGAAUGUCUGCUGGAGCUAGCAAUGCAACUUGUGAUGUUUUUCAUGGCGCAAAAACACGUUGAUAUCUCAAUUAUAGAACUAUGGCAGGCCAUGAAAUGGUGCACAAUGCCAUGUACGCACCACACGAAUACGAUGCUGGAAUUUCUUCAGUAGACCAAAUAAGUUUUCUAAACGGAGAAGAUGACAUUCCAAGAAUCACGCGAAUCGACUCGGCGGAGGUUGUGUACAGAGCUCACAGAAGGGCCAAACUAGUGGGGAAAUAUUUAAUGGGGGACAUUUUAGGGGAGGGUUCAUAUGGAAAAGUUAAAGAAGCUCUAGAUACAGAAACAUUACAAAGACGUGCAAUUAAAAUAAUCAAGAGGAGAAAACUGAGGAAAAUAAACAACGGGGAGCAAAAUGUGAAAAGAGAAAUUCAACUUUUAAAGCGAUUAAAGCACCGACACAUCAUUGAUCUAUCAGACCUGCUUGAAAAUGAAGAAAAACAAAAAAUGUAUAUGAUCAUGGAGUACUGUGUUGGAGAACUACAGGAAUUAUUGGAAGCUGCUCCUGAUAAAAGAUUUCCAAUAUUUCAGGCUCACAGGUACUUCAGACAGCUGGUUGAGGGAUUGGAAUAUCUACACUCCCAGGGCAUUGUUCACAAAGACAUCAAGCCAGGCAACUUACUUUUAUCAACAGAGGAAAUUCUAAAAAUAACUGACCUAGGUGUUGCAGAGGCCAUCGAUGCGUUUGCGAGGGAUGACACUUGCCACACCAGUCAGGGAACACCAGCAUUCCAACCUCCCGAGAUUGCCAAUGGAUUGGAGUCUUUCUCUGGGUUCAAAGUGGACAUCUGGUCCAGCGGGGUCACCCUGUACAACAUGACAACAGGUGUGUACCCGUUUGAAGGAGACAACAUAUUUAAAUUAUUUGAAAACAUUGGCAAAGGUCAGUACCAGAUUCCAGAUGGAGUGGAGGACAAUCUGAAAGACCUGCUCACAGGCAUGCUACAGUAUGAGGCAGCAAACAGAAUAGCUUUAGAAGAUAUUAAGAAACAUGAUUGGGUGAGGAGGAAACACCCCGUGACUCCGGGGUUCGUGGCGUUUAAGCCGAUUCAGGGACACGAGGACAUGCUGCGAGGGUUCACAGUGAUUCCAUACCUGGAGGACCUCCACUUUCACAACAGUGAGGAGGAGGAGGACGAGGAUUACGAGGACCAUUACUACUCCAACAUGAUCAACACGCAUCCUCAUGCCGAGCCCGCUGUGGCUGGUGCUCAGAACUCAAACAAUUGUGAAUCACAUGAAGCAGAGAAAAAAAAGAAGAGAAAGACUAAAAGUGGACUGUUAAGCUCCUGUCAUCCCUCGUAAACAUUACCAAGAUAUAACAUAGACUCAGUGUGAGGGGUGGGGUUAUCGCGGGGUGGUGCUUGGGGUUUCUGUGAGGGGUGGGGUUAUUGCGGGGGUGGGGCUUGGGGUUUUUGUGUGGGGCGGGUCUCAGCUUUACUUCGUUAGUCUCAGUAUAACCUCUGUGGGUUGAGGACCAGUUUUCUGUUGGUGCAGACUUUGUACAUACAGAGGAACAGACUGUGAUUUGUUUUUAUUCUAGUAGUUAAGUUUGUAUAUCCAUUCCAUUGAUGUCAUGUCUGGAAGCCUCAAUGAAUCACUUGUACAGAACUCAAACAGUUUCUGACUUGUUAUUUAAAGGCAUCUUUUACACAGGAUUUUAUACUGAGUGAAAAUCCUGUUCAUAUCUAUGAUAUUUUUGUUAUAAUUCAUAAAAGAAAAGGUGUACCGUGCAAGUAAUGCUCAUUUGGGAAAGUAACAAAAAAGAAGUGGUAAUGCAGGAUGAAUAUGAAUAUCUGAAUAAAACUAAUUUAAAUAUAGAAAUACAUUUUAUAUAUCAUGAAUCAUAUUAUGUAAAUCGUUCAAUUAGUUGUGUUGUCACAUGAUUAUGUUUUAAAUUCUGUUAAUAAUCUUGCUAUACUGAAAAUUGAAAGU